CUUUUUUUCUUGAAAAUUCAACUACUUAGUUAAAUUUGAACUAGUUCCUUAAUCCAUAAUCGUGUUUUCGAAAUAGUAUCAAUUAAAGUGGUGUCAUCGCUCAAAAAAAGUGUCAAAGAGUGUCAAUAUUGCACCAAAUGUCCAGAUUGUCUCGGAUGACGUUUUUGUCAACAUCAUAAAAGGAUGGCUGAAUAUUUAGCAUCGAUUUUCGGUACCGAAAAGGAUAAAGUAAACUGUUCUUUUUACUUCAAGAUUGGAGCUUGCCGUCAUGGCGAUCGAUGCUCUCGUAUUCACAACAAACCAACUUUCAGCCAGACGUGCCUUCUGCAGAAUUUGUACGUCAACCCCCAGAAUUCGGCAAAGAGUGCGGAUGGCUCCCAUUUGGUUUCCAACGUCUCUGACGAGGAAAUGCAGGAGCACUACGACAACUUUUUUGAGGAUGUCUUCCUCGAGUGCGAAGAAAAAUAUGGGGAAAUUGAAGAAAUGAACGUGUGUGACAAUCUUGGUGAUCAUCUCGUCGGGAAUGUUUAUAUCAAAUUUCGAAGAGAGGAAGACGCUGAGAAAGCAGUAAAUGAUUUAAAUAAUCGUUGGUUUGGUGGACGACCAGUUUAUGCUGAACUUUCACCUGUGACCGAUUUCAGGGAAGCUUGCUGUCGCCAGUAUGAAAUGGGAGAGUGCACAAGAUCUGGAUUCUGCAAUUUCAUGCACAUCAAGCCAAUUUCGCGAGAACUUCGUCGUUACAUCUACAGUCGAAAGAAGGGGGGAAGCAAGAAAUCGCGAUCUCGAUCAAAAUCGCGUGGUCGGAGUGAGAAAAAGCGCAGAUCCCGCUCUCGAGGAAAGUCUAGAUCCAGGGAACGUCGCAGAUCCGGCAGAUACUAAAUGACAAAGGCUGAUCAAUUUUCAGUUAUAUUUUCUCCUCAAACCUUUGUAAAUAUGUUAAAAUUGUUGAAACAAAUAUCCCGAUAUUUGUGUGACUCACUUCCAUACUUGAUCAGUAUGACAAAAUGAAUCUGUGUCUAGUUUUCCUGAAAUCUACACAUAAAUUGAAAUUUUCAUUUUGUUAGGUAAACGUAAUUGCUAUUGUCUACAUUUUUUAAAAAUGCAAUAAAGUAAUCAUGCCUUUUGAUGACAAAAA